AUGAAUUCUCGAACGAUUAAACGUAUCAAUGCCGCUAAAUUAAAAGGUCGUAGUGAAUUAAAAUUAGAAGAUUGGACAAAAAAUGGUUACUAUAAUGAUAUUGAAAUAACAGCAGUCAAUGAUCAACUAGAACGUAUUGAUGCUAGAAAUGUAACGCACGAAGAAUUUGUAGAAAAAUAUGAACGAACAGGAACUCCCGUAAUGAUUCAACAUUCAACUGAUGAUUGGCCAGCAUUUGAUAAAUGGACAACAGUUCGUCUGGGAAAAAAAUAUCGCAAUCAAAAAUUUAAAAUUGGUGAAGAUGAUAAAGGUCACUCUGUUAAAAUAAAAAUGAAAUAUUUUUUGGAUUAUGCUGAAAACAAUCGAGAUGAUUCACCGUUAUAUUUAUUUGAUUCAUCUUUUGGCGAGCAUCCUAAACGACGUCGAUUAAUGGAAGAUUACGAUGUUCCCGAAUAUUUUAUCGAAGAUUUAUUUCAUUUAGUUGGAGAAACACGACGGCCACCUUAUCGUUGGUGGUGUAUAGGACCAGCACGAUCCGGUACUGGUAUUCACAUUGAUCCGUUAGGAACAUCGGCAUGGAACGCUUUAGUACAAGGACACAAACGUUGGUGUUUGUUCCCACCAGAAACGCCAAGAGAAUUGUUGAAACCAACACAUGUGGAAGGCGGAAAACAAAAGGACGAAGGUAUCACAUGGUUUAAAGUUGUUUACCCAAAAACACAAACAAGCCUGUGGCCAAAAGAAUAUCCAUGUAUUGAAACAAUUCAACAUCCCGGCGAAGUUAUUUUUGUACCUGGUGGAUGGUGGCAUGUUGUAUUGAAUAUGGACUUAACAAUAGCUUGUACUCAAAACUUUUGUUCAUCAGUUAAUUUUCCAAUUGUAUGGAGUAAAACGGUUAAAGGACGUCCUAAAAUGUCUCAGAAAUUUAUGGCAGCAUUAAAACGGAAACGUCCUGAUUUAGCAAAAAUAGCAGAAAAAAUCGAUUCAAAUACUGAUUAUGGAAUUCAAUCUGAUACAUCUAGUUCAUCAUCGAGCUCAUCAAGCACAGACUCAUCUCCUUCAUCAGACGAUAGUUCUGAUGAAACUGGACCAAUUGUAAAAAAAAGACGUUUAUUAUUUAGAAUUAUCGUAGAAAUGAGUGCACUGGUCAAAGAUGCGAAGAUUAAAAUUGAUGAUCCUCGUUAUGAUCAAAAUACUUAUAUGGGACGAGCAAAACAUUUUUUUUUAACAACAAAUCCAUUAAACCUUCUGGCUAGUGAUACACAAUUGAAUGAGGCUAAACAAAUUGUUGAAGAUUAUCGUCGUGGUGUUGGUACUAAACGUGAUUUAUCCGUGGAUGAAUUAUGGCGAGCAAAAUAUUUAUAUGACAGUGCAUUUCACCCUGAUACAAAAGAAAAAAUGUUUUUACCUGGUCGUAUGUCAGCGCAAGUGCCAUGCAAUAUGACUAUUACGGGUUUUAUGUUAACAUUUUAUAAAUCUACGCCAGCUAUUAUAUUUUGGCAAUGGAUUAAUCAGUCGUUUAAUGCCAUCGUUAAUUAUACAAAUCGUAGUGGUGAUAAACCAAUCACUAAUCAAGAUCUUGGUAAAUCUUAUGCGAUCGCAACAACGGCUGCAACAGCAACAGCUCUCGCUCUCAAAGCUGCUGUCACAAAACUACCGCCUAUUGCUGCUCGUUUUGUUCCAUUUGCGGCUGUGGCUGGUGCUAAUUGUGUUAAUUUACCAUUUAUGCGUUAUAAUGAAAUUCGAGAUGGUAUAGCUGUAUUUGAUGAAAAUGGUAAACGUGUUGGUGAAUCAAGUAAUGCUGCCAAAAAAGCUAUUAGUCAAGUUGUAUUGAGUCGUAUUGGAAUGGCGGUACCAGGUAUGAUAAUACCACCAAUUAUAAUGAAUUUUCUUGAGAAAAAAGAAUUUAUGCGCCGUCGUAUAUGGUUAAAUAGUCCAAUACAAAUUGUUUUAUGUGGUGUAUUUUUGGUAUUUGCAACGCCCAUGUGUUGUGCUCUCUUUCCCCAAAAGAGUUCAAUGACCGUAGCAAAAUUAGAUCCGAAAUUACGAGAAAAAUUAUUACAUGAUGGUAUGAAUGAUAAUCAACGUGUUUAUUUCAAUAAAGGACUUUAA